AUGUGUGAGCAGAUUGAUUUUGAAAAUGUCUUAAAACACUUAAAAGAUGACGAAGAACUGAUUGCUAUUGAAUUAACAAAACGCUUUCUUGACUAUAUGUCUCAGCUACUGAGCAGUUAUAACUGUCGACAUUAUUUUAUCUCUGAUAUUAACUUAUUUGAGGAGUAUCCUCCUGCAUUCUUAGACAGAAUUGCUAAUAUUUUAAAAAAUGAGGUGCGCUUACCAAAAAAAUAUGAAGAACCAGCCGAAAGACCAUGCGAAGGAACAUGCUGCCGCUUUUUAAAAGUUUUAAUACAAACACCAGAAAUGGUUAACGAGUUCGAUCAGUUACAAAAUGAACAUUUCGAUUGUCGUCUGAAACAGUUUGUCUCAAACAAAUACGAUCACGGUCUAAAGAUUCUGAUGCUUACAUUAUAUGCGACAUCCAUUGAUUUAGAACUAUGGUGGACUGAAUUUCGACGUGUUGUUCUUUGCAACAACACUACAACUGCCGAUCUAGACGACAUUACGUUUGAUAUCGAUGGUAUAUCUAUAGAUGAUAUAGGAUGUUGUUUAAAAUUUCUAUCGGAUGUAUUACAGAUGGAUUGGCUAGUGAUAAAACGUAUGAUUUCAGAUGACAGUAAUUUCAUGGAGUAUUUAGCUAAAAAACGUACUCGUCUCAUGAAAUUUGGUAUUGACUACAGUGCUAAAUGGUUUACAGAACAAAGUAUCAAUAACAUGAAAUCAAGCAUUUUUACAGAAAUUAUGUUGGGCGCUCAACCGCCAGAUGAAGAUAGACCGUUAUUUGACAAACUGUUUCAUAGUGGACCAACACUGAAUAGCAAACGUCAUUUAUGUGAAACGUACAAUCUACGUAUAAAUCCAGAUGAACGACAUAUAUUCAGUAAAGAACAAGUACUGAAUGAUUACUGGCUUGUACAAGUGCCCGAUAUCACCUGCUACGUUCUGACAGUGAUUGCCUGUGGCUAUACAAAUGUUCGAUUCAUUUUAGGCGAUGAUGUGAAUGCGUUACAAUCAAGAAAUUUUGUUAGACGCACAAUACUGCCUUUGCUUAGAUCAGUACGAUUACUAUGGAGAAAUAUGUUUCAUCGGCAUGUAUAA